GCGGAUAAGCGAAAGCAUGCUACUGCUGGCGCCUCCCUUCUUUCUUUUCCACCUUUUUCUCUUAUUCCCAUCCCGGCCCCCAUUACUAACCUUCCUUCUAUAAUUCCCAGCUUAAUUGACAGCAACCGAAGUGCUACUGGAGUAGAACCAUCUGCAGCCACCAUCCCACAGCACCUAUCGGACGCCUAUCGGCAAAAGUUCCUUAUAAGGCCACGCUGUCCCGUUUCCAUGGCGACAUUCAACGUCCGCACUCUAAGACAAACAGGUCAGCAGGCUGCACUCGCACGCACCUUGGACACACUGGGUGUUGAUGUGUGUUGUGUGUCCGAAACUAGGAUUAAUGACCCUAACGGGGUUAUUGAAUUGACUGCACCCGGCUUAUCCUCUCGUUAUUGGUUGCACGCAUCCGGAGACGCCGAUGCGGCACUCACGGGUCAAGCUGGUGUAGGUAUCAUUCUCAGCUCCAAGGCUGAGUCAUCGUUGGUUGAUUGGAUUCCGGUGAACAGCCGUUUAUGUGCAGCCCGUUUGACGACAUCAGCUAAGGUGAAUUCACGAAGUAAAACAAAACGCUGUUUGUUUGUGAUUUCUGCUUAUGCUCC